CAGUGAGCGUGAAGCCUAUGUGUUUCAUGAGCCUGACAGACUUCUGCAAGCGGACAUAAUCAACUCUGUCUUCAACUGGCCUUCCCUUGAGAGAUCCUUGCUGCGUUGCAUGCCUGAUUGAUCAGACGUAUUUCUGCAUGGACUUUUAACUUUCUCUACGCUGGACUGAGGAGUGCAAAACAAAGUCAGGACCGGAUUAUCAAAGACUCAAAAGAAACAGUGGUCAAGAUGUUGAUCACAAUGCUGACUGCGAUGUAUGUCAUGGUCAAAGUUGUAGAAUCGAUAAGUGUCCGACUUGCACAGCAAGAGGAGCCUUUGCCUUACAUGAUAUCUCAGCCUUUGCCUUGGCAAGUUCACUCUGUGUCUCAUAGCCGGAGGAGCAGCAAAGCAGAAGAGUUUGACGGCUACAGGAGGAACAGCAUAGGCGUAUACAGAAAGUGCUCCAGUACCAGCAAUGGCACGUGUGGCACACCUUUGGCUCCUCCUCUCAGCCCUGUUGAAGCAGAAAAAGCAGCCUCUACCAUCCAGAGCCACUUCAGGAAGUUCCAGCAGAAGAAACAUAAGAAUGACAAAUAGAUGAAUGAGGGUCAGUGUUGCAGGUGCAGCAACUUUCAAAGGCAACAGGAAGCAAGUGGGCCGCAUGGGUUCACCUCAGGUUACACGUAACAGCCUCUAAGUAAAUCUACAUAUAUACAGAAAUUCAGAAUAGUUCUAGAAAGAUUUCACAUAAAACUAAACAGUAACAUAAAGCAGUAACCUUCAUUACAAACAUUGCUUGUUGUACCAUUUAGAAUUCAAGAUGAUGGUAAAUGUGAAUGUAUGUACCUGAAUCAACAGCAGCACAGUGUUGACAGGGGGAUUGUUAAGAUGUGUUUUUGAACAUAUUGUCAUUUAUAUUACUUUUAUUUAGAAUUUUUUUAAUGCGGCAAAAAAAACUGUUAACACAUUUUUCAUUCAAAACAACGAUUUUGAAUUUUAAAUCCAGAAUUUAAAUAAAAUUGUCUUUCAGACUUUGCUGUAUGUUUCUCUCUAAUGUUAUCUAUUUUCUUACAACUUUUUUUUUCAACAUUUGGGAAUAAAAAGCAAAUACAGAAUUAGGUUAUGGUAACCUGAUGUGGUUUCCUGAUUAUACUGUAUAUGCUAUCAUAUAAUUUGACAAAAUAGAAAGAAAGAAAAACAUUAGCCCAAAAAAGCUUAUCUUAAACCUUUAACAGAAGGAGAAACAUUCCAGUUGCUGUAUUAGGUCAGUUAGGAUCACCAACAUUGUUUCUAUUAGCUAAAUACCAGAAUGAUGAGGGAUUUUUUUAAUUGUUGUUUUCAAAUUCAAAGGUUUACAUACCUUAAGAUUACUUUGCUCUUAAACAAUUUAUGAAAGUCUCUAUUGCAAGGUUCUGGUGUUAAUUCAGAAGUUAUUUGAUAGGAGUUUUGAGUAAUUGGAGGCACACCACGGGAUACUUUUUACCGCAUGCUUCGAACGCAUCACUUCCUUGUAUGACAUCAUGAAAAAUUCAAAAGGAAUAAGGAAGAGAAUUUUAGACCUCCACAGUCUGGAUCCUCCUUUGUACAAUUUACAUGUGCCACGUACAUCUGUUAUGCUUUUAUUCCACUAUCAAAUAAGUCCUGUCUCAACAUGAGCUGAAAGACCACUUAGCAAGGAAGAAGCCAUUACUUCAAAACCAACAGAAAAAGUCUGGUUAAAAUCGCAGGAAGCUUGCAAACUUCACAAAAUGGAUAGCAUCAACGGUUAAAAAAAUAAAUAAUAAAAACAUUUUAUGAAAACCACAAUAAAAUAGAAUUUUGUGCACAAAUGGGUCUUCCAAAUAGACAAUGACCCAAAGUAUACAGUCAAAGAGGUUUCAAAGCAAUGGGGCAAAAUCUUGUAUGCAGGUAGAAAAGCCGGGAGAUGGAUACCCAAAAUGUUUGACCACUGUCAUAGGGAAUUCUAGCAAAUAUUAAACAAUGAAAGGGUGGACAAAAAUGCCUAUAAUUUGGCAUUUGGCAUUCAGAAAUAAUUUUUGUGAUCUAACCUGCCCUAGAAAAGAAAACAUUUAGACUGUCAGACACUGUAAAAAAAAAAAAAGGUUAUGUCUUUUUUUAGUUUGUCAAAGUAUGUGGUCUGAUUUAAUGUCAGAUAGUGCAAAAAAAAAAAAAAAAAAAGAUAAUGGAUAAUUUACUGUGCACUGCUAAAAAACUGUUGUUUUUACUGUAAACCAUUGGCAGCUGUGGUUGUCAUAAAAUCAACAUAGAAAAUACAGCAAAUAUGUAAAAACAUUACAAAACAAACAUUAUUUUGAUUGUAAUGAAAUCUAAUGUUUACAGGUUCUUCUGUAAAGUUCACAUUUUCGUUCUGUUUUUUUUUUUCUACAAAUAAUUGUAAUUAUAAAUUGAUUCUCAUUUUUGAUUAUACCUUUGUGUAUAUUUUACUUAAAAAACAAUAUUUAAAGUAUUUUAUUUACCACCAUUUCACUUAAGAUGUGCAAAUUUGUACUUCCAAAGCUGAAUGAGUUUAAACAGAAAAUCUGGAUAUACGUAAAAAGUUCUUGUACUGAAGGGAAACUAUUCUAAUGCUAAAAUUCCUUUCCAACAAUAAUUAGAGUUGAAUUUUCUUUUUAAUCAAUUUUAUACUCUAUUUGUUUGGCUGUUGUUCGUGUUUCUUCUUUUUAAUUUAAAUGCUUGACAUCUGACCUGGUUACAAUGCGGUAGCUUGAAACGUGAUCAAGUGUUUUCCCCGGUCUGAAGACUGAUGAGUGUUUAACAGAUUUUUCUCAACCGAUCACCCUGACAGAAUUAAAUUAAACUAUGAACACUGUUGUACACACAUACUUUCUUUUUACAUUUGAAAUGAUUUUGUGUUUAAAAGCAUCACUCCUAAUACUAUGAGCUUUACAAACCUUUUCAGAGCUUUUAUCCUUGUAUGUAUCAGAAGUGGUUCUGAAAUACAUAUUGAAGGUAGGCAAAGCACACAUUAAACUUCCUACAGAAUUUUGUUAUUUCAUCUUUACUACUAUACAGAUUUGAAAAAAUAAACAAUAUCAUCACAGUUUAUAAAAAGAUAGCUUUAUUGCACAAGGUUUUGAGCACUCUUUUUUCCCCCUUUUGUUUGUUUUUAUAGAAAAGAGAAGAGUUAAACACAAGCAAUUGCAAAUUGAAGCAACAUUUCCCAGUAAAAGUUUAAAGAACAACUGCUGGAUCCUUAAAAUUCUUAUUUUUUAUUAACCUCAUUUGAAACAGUUCAAUUCACCUUUUCCCGCGUUUUUCUUUUAUAACCAGGAAAUUUUCAGAACAUGCAAUGCUGCUGCCCCUCCCCCAAAAAGCUGAAUAACAAAGAACAACCUCUAAAUCAAGGAACCUGUGAUAAAGUAAAAACAGAAAGAGAUA